AAACAAAAAACACAAACCUUCCUGUUUUUUACAACAUUCAGGAAUUUGUGUCCUAAGUCUCUCCAUCAGACAGCUGUAGACCAGGCCUUACAGAGUCCAAAUGGACACCUGGACUUGUUCCUCCGCUUCCUCCUGGGACUUUCACUGCAGACCAAUCAGAGACUCCUAAAAGGUCUGCUGACACAGACAGGAAGUAGCUCCCAGACCAAUCAGGAAACAGUUCAGUACAUCAAGGAGAAGAUCAGUGAGAAUGUUUCUGCAGAGAAAAGCAUCAAUCUGUUCCACUGUCUGAAUGAACUGAAGGAUCGUUCUCUGGUCCAGGAGAUCCAACAGUAUCUGAGUUCUGGGCAUCUCUCUAAAUAUAAACUGUCUCCUGCUCAGUGGUCAGCUCUGAGUUUCAUCUUAGUCACAUCAGGAGAAGUUCUGGAUGUGUUUGACCUGAAGAAAUACUCUGCUUCAGAGGAGGUUCUUCUGAGGCUGCUUCCCGUGGUUAAAGCCUCCAACAAAGCUCUGCUGAGUUACUGUAACCUCUCAGAGAGAAGCUGUGCAGCUCUGUCCUCAGUUCUCAGCUCCCAGUCCUCCAGUCUCAGAGAACUAGACCUGAAUGUCAACAACCUGCAGGAUUCAGGAGUAGAGCUUCUAUCUGUUGGACUGGAGAGUACAAACUGUAAACUAGAAACUCUCAGGCUGAGUUACUGUAACCUCUCAGAGAAAAGCUGUGCAGCUCUGUCCUCAGUUCUCAGCUCCCAGUCCUCCAGUCUCAGAGAACUGGACCUGAGUAACAACAACCUGCAGGAUUCAGGAGUGAAGCUUCUAUGUGCUGGCCUGAGGAGUCCAAACUGCAAACUAGAAACUCUAAGGUUGUCAGGCUGUCUGAUCUCAGAGGAAGGCUGUGCUUCUCUGGCCUCAGCUCUAAGCUGCAACCCCUCCCAUUUGAAAGAGUUGGACCUGAGCUACAAUAAUCCAGGAGAGUCAGGAAGGAAGCUACUGUUGGCUGGACAGAAGAAUCCAGAGUGGAGACUGGAAGAUCUCAGGUUGGAGCCUGCUGGAGAACAAUUGUUGAAACCAGGUCUGAGGAAGUAUUCCUGUCAGAUCACCAUCGACACAAAGACAGUGAACAAAUACCUGAAACUGUCUGAGGACAACAGGAAGGUCACAUGUUUGGGAGAGCUUCAGUCCUAUUCUGACCAUCCACAGAGAUUUGAUCUUCCUCAGCUUCUGUGUGGAACUGUUCUGACUGAUCGCUGUUACUGGGAGGUUGAGUGGAAAGGAAAUAUUUGUAUAUCAGUGAGUUACCAGAGAAUCAGGAGAAGAGGAGACAUGAGACACGUUUUUUUUGGAUUGAAUAAUCAAUCUUGGUGUCUGAGAUGCUCUGAGGGUGGUGGCUGUUCAGUGUGGCACAAUAACAGAGAAGCAUCUAUCCCUUCGCCUUCUGUCUCUAACAGAGUAGCAGUCUAUGUAGACUAUCCUGCUGGUGUUUUGUCCUUUUACAGUGUCUCCUCUGACUCAUUGAUCCACCUCCACACCUUCAGCACCACAUUUACUGAUCCUCUGCAUCCUGGGUUUGGUUUUUCGGUGUUAAGUCCUGGUUCCUCAGUAUCUUUGUGCUGAGGUGAGUCUAAAGAGUCUAAGAUCUACAUGUUGUUUUUUGUUAGUUUCUUAUCAAAGCUUUAGAUUGAUAAUCAGGAUGUUCUGUUUCUCAUUUUUUUCAUUUCAUUCAUUAGUCAAAGUUCAUUGAAAUGUGCAGUUUUCUCAAUCAACAGAAAUUAUGUGGUUCUGCCGGCUUCUAAUUUUUGACAAAUUUUAUACUUUCAUAUGUUAAAACUUCUGUUAGUAUAUUUGCUGCAGUUCUACUUUAUGUGAUUUUUUUUCCUCUGGAUUUGAUUCAUGUUAUCCUGAUUUAUUUCUGUUCCUGUUUUCAAAUAAAAUAAAAUUCUGAU